UUUAGAGUUAAUAUUUAUAAUAAUGAAAGAUAUUUUUAGCGUGGAUUUUAGAGAUUCCAUACGAAAAGUAGUACGACAAGAGCUAAAAGAAAAGUUUUCUAUUAAAACAUCAAAAGAUAAACCCAGUAAACUUCGUGAAUUAGAUACUAUAAAAUGUUCUGGAAUAUUUGGCAACGCGCUAGCUCAUGUUCCAUCAAGAAAUAUAAAAGAUGAUGUUCACUUUUCUAUUCCAUUAUUUCUAAUAGAGAGCUUUCAAUACUUGAGUAAACAUUUAAAGGUUGAAGGAAUAUUUCGAAAGUCUGGUUCUGUGGGAAGACAGAAAAUUCUCAGGGAGAUAUUAGAGAAAGAAGGUUCUUGCUGUUCAUGCGAUUUUGUACAAGUACAUGAUAUUGCUGCACUUAUAAAAUCAUUUUUUCGUGAACUUCCAGAUCCUUUGCUCACUUGCCGAUUGACUCCCUCUUUUGUAAAAUGUGUUUCUUUAAACAAUGCAAGUGAUUCCAUAUCUGCAGCAACUCUUUGCUGUUUGUUAUUGCCAGACGUGCAUCUUCGUGUGCUAAAGUAUUUUACACAGUUCAUUACUGAAGUUGCUAAUCAUUCACUUGAAUCAAAAAUGACCUUAACAAAUUUAGCAAUAAUAUUCGCUCCAAAUUUAACUGCAUCUGUUGAAAAAAAUAGUGAAAAAUCUAUGAAAGACAUUACACAAGUAGUUGAUUUAUUAUUUAAAAAUUCUCAUCUGAUUGGAAUGGUUCCUGAUGCUUUGUUCAAUAAAGCUAUAACAUUAAAUAAUGAAGGAGGGUUUUGUAGUUCAUCUGCAGACGAGCUUGAUGAAAACAAUUGUGACAUUCGUGGCAGAACUUUAUACAAGUCAACUAAAAAAAGAGAGAGAAGUAAAUCAAUUAAAGGUUUUAUUCGACGUAAUUUUAAGCAAAAUGAAAACUCUCCAGCAAAGCAUUUACGUUCUAACAGUCAAAAGGUUUCAUCUGCUGGUCCUAUCAAAGCAGGUUCUUUAAAGAAAAGAAACUCAGCUGACGAUAUAUCAGUAAAUAGUAAAAGCAAUCUUCAAAGUCUUACAAAGCCUAAUGGAAAGUCAGUGAAACGAAGGAGCAGUUGCAAAGGUGGUAUGAGUCCAGUACGAAAAAGCCCGCGUUUAUCAAAAAAAGCAUAUGAAGUUAUUGAAAUAUCUGCACCUACAUUUAAGUCAAUGUCAAAUCAAGUGGCUGCUACUCCAAGACGUCAUUUACUUCCUGUCCAACCUGAACAAACAACAAAGAAUGAACGUGUACGAGAUAAUGCUACUGUGCUUCCAUCUAAGUUUGAUCUUUCUCAAGUAAAAUCAAAAGAAAUUCGAAGACCUGUUCCUGCUGUGACCAACUCUAGUUUGGCACGAUCAAAAUCCAGCAUUAGUGGUGUUACAUCACAUCAACAUCAUGAGGUUAGGGAUGCAGCUAGAUUAUUACCACAGCCAAAGCUAAGUCGUUCUACUCAAAAACCACAUGUAAGGGUGUCAAGGAGGACUUCGUCUUUGGAAAAAAGGCGUGAGAAAUAUGCCAGGCCUCGGCGCCAGCUACCAAAAACUCCAGACCUUACGAGUUCCAAAAGUUCUAUUGCUAGAGUUGGAUGUAACAUUGCAUUAGUCGCAAGUGAAACAGUUAUGGACUUGAGUGGUACAAGCUCUCUGUCCAGUGAAAGUUCCUCGGCGCCACUUUCUGCAAAAUAUUCGCCAAUAAAUAAAUCAGAUACAGAUCUUUCGAAAAAAACAAAUGACAGAUGGUCAUUGACGCCUGUAAUUCGAACAAUUCGCCGUUCUAUAUCGACAGAUAAUAAAAAGCCUGCAACUCCAUACUCGAUAACACCUCAUGUAAGAGUUAGAAGACCAGUUGUAGACUUUAUUUAAUGUAUUUUUAAAAUACAUAUAUUUUUUUCCUAAAAUCCGUCAACUGCUUCUGGUCAAGUUGCCGAUAGUUUUUUGGUUAAAAUAACAUAGUAGUUUUUAUAACCUAGUGUACGUUUAAAGUUAUUUUUCUUUUCAAUAUUUUCAUCAAAUUGAUGUAGAAAAGUUACACGAAAAUGUUUUAUUAUGGACGAAUUCAUAAUGGAAAAAGGUUGUACAUAUAGUAUAUAAUUUUGAAAUAAAAAUUUUCUUUAUA